AUGACGGAAAAUAAUAAUUUAGUUGAAGAAGAAGAAGAUAAUAGUGAUGAACUUGAUCUUUAUGAUUUUCUUGAAUUUUUUUCUGGUAAAAUCGAUUCGAUAAAAAAUCAAAUUGAAGAACGUAAAGAAGAUUCUCGACAACGAUGGCAUCGAACAAAAGAAGAAGUUGAAGAACAAAAACGUAUACUUAAAGUUCAAUUAGAGAACCAUGUUCAUUUAUUAUCUGAAAAUUUAAAAAAACCAGAUUUUAUUCGAACAAGAGAUAAAAUUUCAUUUACAAUUGGAGUUGCUAAUACUUGUUUUUCUCCAUUAGUUGCUGCAAAAUGGCCUCAUAUAUUACCAAUAAUUUAUACAGUUCAAGCACUUUGUCUCAUAACACUUCGAUUUUUUAUUUACAAAAGUAAACAUUGGCAUUAUUUUGUUUUUGAUUUAUGUUAUUUUGUUAAUCUUUUAACAUUAAUCUAUUUAUGGAUUUUACCAUCAUCAAAAAUUCUUUUUGCUGUUUGUUAUUCAUUAACUCAUGGUCCAGUAGCUCUUGCAAUAGUUCUUUGGAAAAAUUCUCUUGUUUUUCAUAGUUUUGAUAAAGUAACGAGUAUAUUCAUUCAUAUGUAUCCACCAUUAACAAUGUUUACUCUUCGUUGGCUUUUACCAAUUGAUCUUCAACUAAAAUAUUAUCCAGCUAUUGUCAAUACUGGUUCAAAACUUCCUAUGGGUACAUCGAUUUUUUAUACAAUUAUUUUUUAUUUGGUAUGGCAAAUAUUGUACUAUACAUUUAUUGUUCAUGGGCGUCGACAGAAGGUUGCAAGUGGAUUAAGAGUAACAUCGUAUACAUGGUUAUUAACUAAUGAAAAAGGUUUUGUUUCACGUCUUAUUAAAAAAUUAGGUUUUGGAGAACCUAAUGCUGGAAUUAAUCGAUAUAAACUUUUUAUUUAUUUUACACUACAAUUUUUAUACAUGCUUAUUGCAAUUUUACCAGUUUCAUUAUGGUAUUAUCAAAACAUGUAA